GGCAUUUAUCCCCCGACAAUGCUCAGGAAUUUUCUGGUAGCCCUCGUGGGCCUAACGGCAGCCCGAGGGGUCCAGGCAGCGGCCACGACCCCGGCACCAAAUUGUGGAUCGAACCCGGCCGAUAUCGUCUUCCUCCUCGACUCUUCCGGUUCCGUCGGAAGCGCGAACUUCCAGAAACAGCUCGAUUUCGUCUCACGCUUCGCACAGACUUUCGACAUCGGACCGCGCAAUGUCGAAAUCGGCAUCGUCACGUUCGCGACCACCCCGCAUAACGAGUUCAAUCUCAACACAUACUCAACCAAACAUGAUCUGGUUGCAGCCAUCCACAAAGUUGGGUAUCACACGGGCGGUACUCGCACUGACCUUGCCCUCAAGUACGUGGAGGCGAACAGUUUCACCCAAGCCGCCGGCGACAGAGCAGGAGUCGCAAACAUCCUCAUUGUAAUGACAGACGGCAAGUCGAACGUGCCGGCAGAAACCGUCAAAGAGUCUGCUCAUAUACACAGCAAUCUUAAUGCUAAGAUUUUCGCGAUCGGUAUCGGGUCCGGCGUGGACAAGGCGGAGUUGCAGACGAUCGCCACGGACAGCCAGCACGUGUUCGAAGUGAGCAGCUUCGACGCCCUCAACACCCUACAGGCCGAGCUGAAAAAGACAGCGUGCAGAAUCGACGGAGCAUGGACGAAGUGGGGAUCUUACUCUCCGUGCACGAAGUCUUGCGGAGGCGGCACCCAGUUCCGGGAGCGCUCUUGCACCAACCCGCGCCCGGCCAACGGCGGAUCCGACUGUACCGGAAACGCUCGUGAAAACCAUGCGUGCAACGCAGCUGCCUGUCCAACCACCCCUCCCCCAACAACUCGCCCUACCACACAUACAACUCCACCGACAACUACCGUUGCCGCCGGCUGUGGGGUGGAGCCAGCUGAUAUCGUGUUUAUCUUGGACGCAUCCGGCAGCGUGGGCGCCGCAAACUUCAACAAGAUGCUGCAGUUUGUGAACAAACUUGUGGACGGGUUCCCGAUCGGCCCCACCCAGACUCACAUCGGACUGCUGACCUUUGACACGAAGGUCUACAACCAGUUCCAUCUUAACAAGUUCAACGACAAGACCGCCAUCAAGAACGCAGUUACAAGCACUCAUUACACAUCUGGCACAACGCACACGGCUGAGGCGAUCAAGUACGCCCGGGAGACGUCCUUCUCCGCCGCCAACGGCAUGAGGGCCAACGCCGCCAAGAUCGCUAUCAUCGUCACUGACGGCAAAUCCAACAGCGCCGCUGCCACGACCGCAGAGGCUGCCAGCCUUCGCGCGCAGGGUAUCACCGUGUUCGCGGUAGGUGUUGGGUCAGGCGCCCAACAGAGCGAACUGAAGGCCAUGGCAACGGACCCCGACAACACACACGUGUUUCAGGUGGAUAACUUCAACAACCUUGACACCAUCAAGGCCACUCUCUCGCAGAAGGCUUGCGAAGUGAAGGCAACAACCAUGCCCCCGACAACGCCUGCCCCGAAGGCCGACUGCGAGGCUCAGGCUGACAUCGUCUUCCUAUUGGACUCUUCCGGAUCCGUGGGCUCCCCCAACUUCCAGAAGAUGAAGACCUUUGUCCACGACAUGAUGAACAGCUUCAACAUCGGACCUACCGCCGUCCAGGUGGGCGUGGACACGUUCCAGACGAGCGUCAAGGCAGAGUUCAAUAUGAACAAAUACAACGACCGCACCGCCAUCCAACAGGCCAUCAACGGCAUCGCUUAUCACGCCGGUUCGACACACACCGGCGAGGCUAUUCGGUUUAUGAACACUGACAGUUUCUCCGCCGCGCACGGUGACCGACCCGGUGUACCCAACAUCGCCAUAGUGAUAACAGACGGACAGUCCAACAACCCGACACUGACGGCUGCGGAGGCGAAAAAAGCCAGAGACGCCGGUAUCACGGUCCUUGCCAUUGGUGUGGGCAGCGGCGCCAAGACCGCCGAGCUUAACGCUAUUGCUACAGACCCAGAUAGCACGCACGUGUACAAGGCCGACAAUUUCGAUGCGCUCAACUCUCUGAAGGCUCUUCUGUCUACUAAGGCGUGUGAAGCUUCCAAACCGAAGUUGAACACAACUACCCCGACUUGCGCAGCAAAGGCAGAUAUCGCUUUUAUCCUUGAUUCCUCUGGAAGUAUUGGCGCCGCCAACUACCAGAAAAUGCUCGAGUUCGUUCGUGACGUCACGUCUAAGUUUGACAUCGGACCGGACAAGGUGCGCGUUGCAUCGGAGAUCUUCAGCGACAGAACAUUCCCACAGUUUUAUCUGAACAGGUAUACGACCCAGCAGCAGGUUGACACUGCCAUUGCGAACAUCCCGUACAAGCAGGGAACCACCAAUACCGGACAGGCUCUCCAGGACACGUACACGAAGAUCUUCAACCAGAACAACGGUGACCGACCCGGUGUGCCGAACAUCGCCAUCGUAGUUACAGACGGACGGUCCACAAACCGACCCAGCACUUUGGCUGAGGCACAGAAACUUCGCAACACUGGCGCACAGGUGUUUGCUGUUGGUGUGGGUAGCGGUGUCGACAUGUCGGAGUUGAACGCCAUCGCAUCCGACCCAGACAGUACACACGUGCUGACUGUGCAGGACUUUAACCAGCUUGCCCAGAUCACUGCUUCGCUCAACAACAAGGCCUGCGCAGCCAUCCCACCGACUGGCAUGAGUGUGACCCCAGUUCCCGGCACGACGGUGAUGGCGUCCACGUGUCAGGACCAGAACCCCAGCUGCCGUGCGUACGACAUCCCCGGGGUUUGCACGGACUACGCCGGAUGGGCCCGCGACAAUUGCAAGUUCAGCUGCGGCUUCUGUCCGCAAGGGGUGACCGCUCCCCCACCAUGUCAAAACGCCCUGCCAAACUGCAACCAGUACCAGCCAGACGCUUGCACCAAAUUUAAGCCCUGGGCCAUGGACAAUUGCAGGCAGUUCUGUGGCUUCUGUCAGCUUGGAAACAACCAGCAAGUUCUAACAGGAUUCUUCGGUCGAUGCUACUACAACGGGAAGUCGUAUACUCAAGGCCAGACGUGGGACGACGGUUGCAGCUACGAAUGUACCUGUGACGAUGCUUCCGCUGGAAGAUACAGCUGCUACAACAAAUGCCCGAUCUACUUCAACCUGCCUCCCCAGUGUACGCUGGUGAAGAAGAGUGGCUGCUGUCUGGAGCCCGUCUGUGACUUCAAGGGCACCCACCUUAGCACCAACGGGCAGCAGACCGGCACAUACCAGGGAGUCUCUGUAUGCAUGUACAAGAGCAUGCCAUACUACCAGGGCCAGACAUGGCAGGACGGGUGUGACAAGUCCUGCUACUGCCAGGACGCCGAGGUCGGACUUUACACCUGCCAGUCUGUUUGCGCCCACUACGGUGCCCUGCCCUCUGAAUGUACGCUACAGAGACAGGCCGGAAAAUGCUGUGAAGAGCCCGUAUGCACAUUCAACAAACAGUAUGGUCAGUUCACUGGGUCCGGUACACUCUCCGGCAAGGGAACAGGCGCUUCCGGCGUAACGACAGUAGGGCCAUGCGUGGACAAGGAUCCAAACUGCUCCCGCUACCCGCCGGGAACCUGUACUGACGCCAACUACAUACAAUGGGCCAAGGACCAGUGUCAGAAGUCCUGCAACUUCUGCCCAUCUGCAAACCCGACACCAGGGCCCAACGACGUGUGCAUAUACAACGGCGUUUCCUACCACCAGGGCCAGCGAUGGGACGACGGAUGUGAACUCGAAUGUGUCUGUGAAAAUGCCGCUUAUGGAUUCUACAGAUGCCAGAAGAAGUGUGCCGAUAUCGUCAACCUGCCCCUGGGUUGUACACAGGUGAAGAACGUCGGUGAUUGCUGCCCGAAGGUCACGUGCACGGGGACAACGGGGACGUUUACGGGCUCCCAGACAGUGGGUGGCACGAUCGGAGGGAACCCAGUCCCCCAGCCCAUGCCUGGCAUGAACAUCACCUCCAACCCCGGCACAUCCAUCACCGGUUCUCUUAACGGAUGUCUAUACAAGGGUGCGCUGUACCAGGCGGGCCAGCGCUGGGAUGACGGAUGCGACUACUCAUGCGUGUGUGAGGACGGCUCUAAGGGACAGUACAAAUGUACACCCAAGUGCCCGACAUUCAGCGCUCUGCCCACGGGCUGCACUAUGCAGGAUAACCCGAACGACCCAUGCUGCAGGCAGGCCGUGUGUGCUCCCGGAACCACCACAACAAGCGGACAACCCGUCGUCAUCGUGCCUACAUAUGGCAAGGGAUUUACAGGUUUUGGCCAGCCGGUGAUGCCGCAGAUUGGGACAGGAACUUCCGGCAUGAACCCAACCCCUGUGCCAGGUAGCGGCAUGACAGGGGCUCCCAUCUCAGGAACAGGAUCCGGCUGUGUGUACAAUGGGCGUGUCUACCGCCAGGGCGAAACCUGGGACCAAGGUUGCCAGUACAAGUGUGAGUGCGUGGACGCCUCUGCCGGACAAUACAGAUGUGUUGAUAGGUGCACAGUAUACACGAACUUGCCUGCUCAGUGCACGCUCCAGACUGACCCUAACGACAACUGUUGUAAGACCGUCCACUGUGACUUCAACCUCAAGAUUACGACCCUCGCGCCCAUCUUCGCCCAGACAACGCCUGUGGCCGGUGCAGCCUUCUGCAAGUACCAAGGGUACUACCACCGUCAGGGCGAGGAGUGGAACGACGGAUGUGGGCUCCGAUGUCGCUGUGAGGACGCAACUAAUCACUACUACCAGUGCACAGACAGAUGCCCGAAGUACGACAACGUCCCCUCGACCUGUACGUUUGUGGUGGAUCCCAAGGACCCGCAGUGCUGCCGGGUACCACAGUGCCAGAACGCCGGCGGAAAUGUCGGAACAAGCGGCUUCACGGGAUCCUUCACCGGAUAUGGUCACCCCGUCAACAUUCUUCCAUCUCAGAUCAGCAACACUGGAUACAGCAACAAGUGUCUGUACAAGGGUCAGGUUUACGCCCAGGGCGCCACGUGGCAGGACGGCUGCGACUUUGAAUGUGAAUGUGUGGACGCCAGCAAGGGAAUGUACAGAUGUAACGAGAGAUGUACAAGAAUCGCCUCCGUGCCGACUGGCUGCACCUUUGCCCAAGACCCGAACGAUGCGUGUUGUCAGAAACUGAGAUGUGAUGCCGCGGCUCAGCUUGGAACAUGCAUGGACAACGUGAACUGCGCGUCGUAUGGUACCUACGUCUGCGGGACGAACUACAAGGAGUGGGCUCAGAACAAUUGUGCUAAAUACUGUGGCUACUGUGGAGGCGGAGCUAACCCUCUGGCGGUGACUGCUGCCCCUAGCGGCACGUGCGCGGACACGAUCCCGAACUGCAAGGACUAUGACGCCAGCGUGUGCACGGACUCCCAGUUCCAAGGGUGGGCCCUCGCCAACUGCCGGAAACACUGCAACAUGUGUGGCAUGACCGGCACAGGGACCGGCACCGGCACGGGAGGAACUGGCACUGGAACUGGCGGCACAAUGAUCGGAACCGGAACUGGAACUGGAACUGGAACUGGCGGAACCAUGAUAGGCACGGGUACCGGUGGCUGUGUUGACAAGCUGACAAACUGUGCGGAGUAUUCACAGGAGGCGUGCACGGGGCUUUACGUAGACUGGGCACGUGAUAAUUGCGCUCACUUCUGCAACCUCUGCAUGGUGAACGGUACUUCCGGCGGAAUGAGCGGUUACCAGACCGUGCCACCCGGAGCGGGGGGAUUCACUGGAUUCAGUGGCGGCUGCGUAUACAAAGGUCGGUAUUACGGUGCCGGGGACAAGUGGACAGACGGCUGUGACUACAACUGCACAUGUGAGAACGGACAGACGGGCUUCUAUAGGUGUUCAGACAGGUGUCCUUCUUACCAGCUUCCCGCAGGCUGUGUAUUGAAGACCCAGACGGGCGAGUGUUGUGGUGUGCCAGACUGCACGGGAGCAACCGGCACCGGCGGCACAGGCACAGGCACGGGUACUGGUACCGGCAGCAGUGGUGUCAUAUCAGGCCAGACGAGCGGCUGUUUCUACAAGAACCAAGUGUACACCCAGGGACAGACGUGGAAGGACGGAUGUGACUACAAGUGCUCGUGUAUCGACGCCGCCAGUGGCAGAUACUCGUGCGCAGCCCUAUGUCUAACGUGGAACCUGCCGUCCACGUGCACCCUUAACGCUCCCGCUGCUGGUAAGUGCUGCCAGACGCCCAACUGUCCAGCAAACGUCGCCGUAAACUACCCGGCGGGAUGGGUUGCUGAGUAAACAACCACCGCCACCGAGGACAAGACCAAGUGUGUAAAUACGCUACACCGGCGGAGCGAAGUCUCCGUCUGAUUUUUGCAACAUUGUGUACGAAACGGAUAAUUACAAUAUAUGUCUCCGUUUGUUUUAUUGAUACAUUUUUAUCCGGAAAUAAUGUGUUCGUGUUUAAUUUGUAUACGUAUGAUUUUCUUGAUUUUUGUUUGCAGACAUACAGCUGACUUUUAAAGAUAAUGUUAUUUGUUUACAAAAAAAUGGCAAGUGUUUGUUUUGUAGUUUUGUACCCCAUGUGUUUUUAAUAAACCAUUUGCAAACAA